CCAGUAAUCAUCAUACCCAUCUGCAAACAAUUGCCCUACCCCGCAUAGAAAGCAUGAACAAGAAAGUAGAAAACCCCUCCUUCUUGCUAGAAAAAGAGGGGAUGGCAGGAAUGGAAGCGCAAUCACAGCAAACUCGUCCUCUUGGCAAGUUUGACAUAAUCCCUCUGCGUCUUGCUCGCCGCGAACCCCUCGGGCGCCGGCAUAUCCGCCAACACCACACUCGCGGGUCUCAACCGCGUCGUCGUCUUCUUCUUCUUCCCCGCGGUCGCCCCGCCGAGCGCGAAGACGCCGAUACUUCCAAACAUGCGGAACGGCGCCGAGAAGGCGGCGAGCCACGACGAUUUCGGCGCCGACGUGUGCGAGGUAGGCGCAGGGGCGUAAGAGGAGUAAGGGAUAUCGUGGGAUUGCGGGUUAUUGUCAACGACGGGUUUCUGGCCCGGCUCGAGGAAGAUGUGAUCGCCUUCAGUGUUGACGAACCAGUUGACGACGAGCUGUUUCCCUUCGGGCCCGCCGCCGCAGGAGCCGGCGAGGAGGUGGGACGGCGGGGAAUUGACCGCGAGCGCGAAGAGGUUCGGGGGUUCCGAGAAAUCCGUGACGAGGCCUCUGUGGAGGAGGAAGUAGACGAGGACGAAGAUGUUCAUAAGGAAAACGAGGAGAAGGACCACGAGCCAGGCUUUGGACCCGUUGUUGACGCCGCCCGAGGCGUACUGCUGCGCUGUGACGGACGCGUUGAAGUAUUGGGUCUGGUACUCGCCGAGUUCGGGGAUGGUGAAGUUCCAGUCCAUUACGAAGGGCGAGUCGAGGGAGCUCAUGAGGAGCGUGCAGCCAGACAUUACGGCGAGGGCUUCCGCGGGGCUGGGGAGGUCCGGGGAGAGGCCGAUGUUGCCUUCGGUGUUGUUGCGGAGGAUGAGUUGGGUGAGGAGGCGGGAGUUGCUGGCGCUGGCAUCCAUGAUGCCUGAGUUAAGCGACAUGGCGUUGCCCCAGUCGAAGCCGACGUCGCGCCAGUUGGUUUGCAUCUUUGUGUCUUCGGCGGAGUGAGAGCUCUUUUUGUACAUCAUGUCGUCGGCUUUGUCUUCGCAGAGGGCUUCCAUGGAUCCGCCGGACCCUGUGGCAUUGUACUGUGUGGUGCAGUUUGCGGUCAAGGUUACGGAUAUCUUGCACAGAGCGUAAGUGCCGCUCAAGUCAGUGCCAUCAUCCAUCAAGCCCCCAGAACCAAGGAGGUAAAUGGCGCUCCGAUUCCAGCCCGCGCUAGUGUGGUUCAGAAUAGUGUUAAAGGCCUUGGGAAUCCUUGGGAAAACCGGAGGAUAGUCGGACAUCAUGGUGUGGUCCUGCUUGCUCCACCCAAAGAGAUGAUCCACCAUAGUUUUGUUUUUGGUAGUGGCACCGCCGCUAAGUUCACCCCAGUUGCUGAUUGUCACCCUUUCAUGUACAUCAGGCCACUGGUCGUAGACAAUAGGUUUCAGCUCGUCUUUGUUCAUGUUGGCACAGAGGACGUUCAAAACUGGGUUGGGUACGCUUGCUUUGAUGCUGUAGGUACCUUCGCUGUUGAGUUCUUCCGGCUGGAGAAUGUUGUUGCGUUGGUCGUGGGCAGCCGCGAACACACCAGUGUGCGGCAUGGCCAAAGAGACGCUAUUGAUAGCCCGUCCAUGCAUUUUCGACUCCUUCACGGUGUCUACGAUGUUGACCCACUGAGGAAUGACCGUUGUAUUCUCAUAUAAAAGCCCAAAACCAGGAGGCCUUUUACUCUGAUCGGUGGAGCCGUUACCUCGUAGAGACUCCACGUGCCAAAAUUGCAGGUAUCGUUGGUAAUUAUGGUACCCUUGGCCUGCAUGUUCAAUCUGUAAACAAGUAUUUCCAGCCUCGGCCUUGUCCAUUCCGACAGUAAUGGGAGUUUGACAGUUUUUCUUCAAGUAAUUGACGUUUGCGAAUUGUGUCUUGACGCGACCAGCCAGGACCGUGUUAUCCCAGUGUCCCUGCUUGAGCAUAGGUUGUACCAUAGCCGUGGCGGCUGGGGUGUAUAAAGUUGCCAGAACAGCGCUCAGUAAACUCAGCACACCCAAGAAAGAUAACCCGGCAUAGAGGGCUGUCUCCCAAUGGGUGAUGACGGUACCCGGUUGGACCACCCAUCGCCACAUACUAAGUUCAGAGAGAGUGACACCCCGCCCUUGCUCCUUCAUGAAAGCGCGACGACUUAGGACCUGACCCAGAAAGGCGACAAAUGAUGUCACAAAAGACAGCUCAAUCAUCUUAGCCAUGAUGGAGGUGAGUAGUAUAGCAUCAGCGGGCUUGAAAGAACCCUGAGUUGUGAUGUGCCUGCCAUAUCUAGGUGCAUUGAAUGCAAGCCCCAGAAAGAUACCGGAGAAGACGGUGGAGAAGAGUGAUAUGGUGACAAUGGUCACCAACAUCCAGUUGAAGCGCGAUUUGUAAAAGUGUCUCGCUGUGGGACAUUCCUCGGUAGGGCGAAAGGGGGUCUCAUAGGCAGACUUGACGGAUGCUGCGCCUGGGUGUAGGCCCUGGGUAUCAUAGGUAUGUAGGUAGCGUUGGUAAUCAUCGACGGAACUGUUGUAGCUUGAUCUCCGCGCAUUCUGCCUGAGAUCCUCAUAUCCACCUGGGCCAUCCCUGAGGCCGAAGGCAGACUUUCGUCGGAGGUCGGGCGUAGAGCCAGUGGACUCGAAUGGGAACGGACCUAAGAAGGGAUCGCCGGUGUUGGGAGGGGAAUUGGUAGCACUUGUGAUGGAUGGGCUUCUCAAGCUGGACAAAGCGGGGCGUCUUGUUGUGGUAUAUAUAGACGCGCGUUUAUUCGACGUUGGUCGUGGUGAUGGAGACGGGGAGAUUGGAUUAUGGCGCGGGGCUGUAAUUCCUAGCCCGCCAGUUGCUGAAGGAGCGAAGCCAUCUGCGAUAUCCUCUUCUUCCUCGAAGACGGUGGGUGGAGGGUUGCGCGACGGAACCGGGCUGGUGAUUGGGCGUGGUGGAUCGACGCCAGGCGAGCUCGAGCUGGCAGGGAAUCCCGCAGACGGCAGCGCGGUGGGCGUUGUAUUUUCUGGUACUGGAUAUUCCGAAGAUUCGUCUUGGAUGAGGGGUUGACGAUCGGACAUUGUAGCGCCGAACCGUCUACUCACGGCUUCAAGCCU